CCGUGAACGUAUAAUACGGGAUGCAUUGCGAGAAUGAAUGAAUGGGUGUAAUCAUAAUUCAAAUUCAGUUUAGACAUCUAAUAUCAAUAUGCAUUGAUAUUUUUUGUUAAAAUUUGAACGAGACAAAGAUGGGCAAGCUUACAAUUGUUGCAUUUGUGACCUUCUUUAUUGUUGACAUUCUUAUCAUUGUAAGCAUUGCAACUCCUGAUUGGGUGGUGUCAGACAUCGGAGGCAGUAUUCGUCUGGGCCUGCUGUGGUCAUGUCAGACAAGUCGCGGACGCCCAGAGACCUGCUAUGUGCCUCGUCUUUGUCCAGAGUGGCUACUCGUGCUCAUAUGCUUGCUCUGCAGCUGCCUCUGUGUGUCUACAACACUGCUACUGCUGCUGCUCGGCACAUGGAGCCACCGGCUAUAUAAUGCUGCACGAUGGCUUGGAUUUGCAGCUGUGGUUUUCCUCUGUCUGGCUGCAGUGAUCCUGCCAGCAGGCUUCCACAUGGCAGAGAUCGGCAGUGUGGCCUACCAGCUGCCCCCUAGCUACUCAGUGGGCGUCUCCUACAUUCUCUUCAUCGUCUCCAUCUUUGUGACAGGAGCGGCUGAGCUGUGCGCCUGCCGACUCUGCCUGUCACACCACCGGUGAUUGUCUGAGACACCUGGCAACCGAACUGUAAGUAGAGCUUGGCUGCUCUACCAGAUGUGAAGCUGUACUCACUAUGGUGAUCUCAAAGCGUGCGGAGAUAAGCCAAGGGAUGUGGCGAGACUGGAUCCCGUGCCAUUUUGUGUUACCUACUCGUGUCUCAUUUUUACAUAACAGGCUGCAUAAGUUGUCUUUGACGCUUGACUUUUUUGUAGAAAGAUUCCAUAAUUUCACGGAAGAUGUCGUUAUUUUUUUAUUUUACGACUCGCUUUUGUUACAUGUCGGUUCUUCGUCACGAGGGAGGGACGCAAACGGCAAAACGCUUAACUUUCGGUCAUUAUGAAGCUGGUUUAGCAAUGAGGCGUACACUCAUUCACUGUUCUUUACUUAGGGUCAUAGCGCAGUUAAGAAGAAGGUCAUGCGGCCCCAGAAUCCAAACCCCGUAAUUUCUGCGUGACAUUUGUGCAUUAUUUCAUGACAAGAAUUUUUUUAAUCUUGUGUAUUUACAACUUGAUGCAGCAAGAAGUAUAGUAAUAGCUAAUAACUAUCGUACUUUCCACUGGAAAAUUUGACUGCAGUUAAAAAAGCCCAUACCGGCCGAUGAUUUCCUACUUUAUUUGCUUUCUGUUUUCUUGUAUAUUUACUAUUGCAUGAUAGAAAAGGGGACCUGUGACACAAAGCUACAUAACCUAUACAGGGAACGCUGCAUCAUGUAGGUAUACUCUGUGAAAGUGUGUAAACUAGCCCUUGGUAUGCGCUUGCAUUAUAGACGCGACGUCGUUGCGCUUCUCUCCCUUCGACAUAAUUGUUUUACGCCUUCCAUAUUGUGGAGCUCAACAGGGGACGGUGGGACUAACUAUUUUGUUAUCUUAGCUGUGGGUAGAACUUGACCUGACCUGACUGCAAGUAGAUUUAAUCGAAUGGAAACGUGCGUCUUCCCGGCUAAACUCAGGCUUUGAAUUGGCAAACGUUUUCUGUGUAUGCAGCGAGUGUCGUGUACCAGCAUAUUUUUACGGUGUUGGCUCCGGCAAUUGUGUUCAAAACGAUUGUAGGUAUUUGUGUUUCCGGAUCGUUGGAUCUGAUUUUAUAAGAUGGCUGAUCAGAAUUAUGCGAUUGUGCUCGUACCUCAUAAAACUCAUCGUGCUGUUCCGUGGUGGGCUGUGGCCUUUUGCAGUGUAACGCGAUCGUGCAUGGAUGGGACAGCCGCGUGUAGUGCCAAUGACGUUCUUUUUUACGCCCGUGGUCUGAAGAAAUGUUUUUGACAGUUUGUGAAAGCGAUAUUGUAAAUGAAACGAAUGGCCAUAAGUGUGGAACAGUGGAUGAACAAUUACCUGUAUUGUAAUAUAAGUGACGUCACCA